GGCUGUGUCACAGAUGCCGGAAGUGUAUUGUGUGUGUGUGUGUGUGUGUUGUUGUUGUUGCAGGGGAUGGUGAUGACAGCCGGUGUAUGGGAGGACGAGGGGCGUUGUGUGAAGAAGGUGUAAGCUGUCACCUACACACAGCAUUACACAAGCUGCUGUUAUCUGCCCAUGGCCAGAACAUGCUGGAAACCCCACAAGUGAUCUACAAGUAGAUUCAUCUGAUAGAGGACAGGAUCUGCCCAUCAGCCAACAUGCCCUGUACCUGUAGGAACUGGAGAAGAUGGAUCCGCCCGCUGGUGGUUGUGCUGUACAUUGUGGGACUUCUGGUGGCGAUUCCAAUAUGUGUGUGGGAAUUGCAGAAAAUGCAGGUCGGAGUUCACACCAAGGCAUGGUUUAUUGCCGGUAUUUUCGUACUUAUGACCAUACCAAUCUCACUUUGGGGAAUCUUACAGCAUUUAGUUCAUUAUACUCAGCCCGAAUUACAGAAGCCAAUUAUAAGAAUUCUGUGGAUGGUGCCCAUUUUCAGUGUAGACAGUUGGGUUGCUCUUAAGUAUCCUGACAUUGCAAUUUAUGUGGAUACCUGUAGAGAAUGCUAUGAAGCCUACGUUAUCUAUAACUUCAUGAUCUUCCUCUUGAACUAUUUAACAAAUCGAUGUCCGAAUUUAGCAUUGGUUCUUGAAGCUAAAGAUCAGCAAAGACAUCUACCUCCACUAUGCUGUUGUCCUCCAUGGCCUAUGGGAGAGGUGUUACUGUUUAGAUGCAAAUUGGGUGUUCUACAGUAUACAGUGGUUCGGCCUGUCACCACUAUAAUUGCUUUGGUUUGUCAGUUGUCUGGCAUCUAUGGGGAAGGAGAUUUUAGCUUAAAAAAUGCAUGGACAUACUUGGUUAUAAUCAACAAUGCGUCGCAAGUGUUUGCUAUGUACUGUCUUGUCCUGUUCUAUAUAGUACUGAAAGAAGAGCUGAGACCUAUCCAGCCGGUGGGCAAAUUUCUGUGUGUAAAACUGGUCGUUUUUGUGUCAUUCUGGCAAGCGGUAUUGAUCGCAAUCAUGGUUAAAGUUUCUAUUAUUUCUGAUGAACAUACAUGGGACUGGAAGUCUGCCAAGGAUGUUGCGACGGGACUGCAGGAUUUUGUUAUUUGUGUUGAAAUGUUCUUGGCUGCCAUAGCUCAUCACGUAAGCUUUUCAUACAAGCCAUACGUACAGGAGGCAGAGGAAGGCUCGUGUUUUGACUCAUUUCUUGCCAUGUGGGAUGUAUCGGAUUUACGAGCAGACAUAUCCGAGCAAGUACGCAAUGUUGGAAGGACAGUCUUGGGCAGACCAAGAAAGAUGUUUUUUCCUGACGAUCUUGAGCAAAACGAGCACACCAGUUUGCUUUCUUCAUCUACUCAAGAUCCUAUAUCGGCAGAACCUUCUGUGCCACCAUCCCCAUCUGGACAAUAUCAAGGGUUUGGUCAGACAAUAACGCCACAAACCACACCCACCUCUGCCACUUUUCCUGAGGAGCUCUACAGCACAGACUCUCCAGAGCAGGAUGUAAAUGUGCCAGUGUCGGAGCCUGAUGAGGUGGAGGUAACGCAUGACAGUAGCAAGCGAUCGCACUCUUAAUUCUCCAGCAAAGAAUAACAUGCCAAAUUUUCCCAAGACUUGAUUACUUGAUUUUGGUGCCCAUAUGGACCUCUGCUGCUGUCUGAAUUGAAGGUCUGGAUAACAGCCUCUUUGGCAUAAUUGUUUGAUUAAUUACCUCCUUUUAUGUUUUGGUUUUGUGUUUUGUUACAGUUGUGCUUUCGUACAGCGGACGAUGUCUGACUUUGUUACAAUAUCUGCGAUAACCAUUACUACAAAUGCAAGUAUGCAAAUGAAAGUGGGCUUUCUUCAGAUGUUUUUAUUUAGGUAUAACUGUACUAAAAAAUCAAUUCCAGUUA